AUGAAGAUGUGGAGGAGGUUGUCCACUGUUCUUAUGAACGCAACCGUCAUGUUGCUGGUUUCGUUCAGUGCGAUAAACACACAAGAACGAGAUUCUUCAGCAAUACCUUCUCGAAAAGUGAAUAUUACACUGGACGUCAAGAUCGGUUUUAUGGAUUCUUAUUAUGAUUUGCUCUCACCAGAGUCGAUACGUUUCAUCGACAAGUUACUAAAGGAGCUUGAAGUACUGUGCAAAACACCCAAUCCCCAAGCCUUUGAAAAAGUAGAAGUCAUCAAGUUACUACCGAGUGGCGUUUCGGCCACAAGCCGAGCUCAGUACGCCUAUGAGAACAACGGCACGCAAAUCCACUGGCUCAACACUCAGCUCCAUGGCGAGUUAGAAAAAAUCCUGAGCGAGCGCGAAAACAUCCAGCAGAUCUCUCAAGCCUUUGAUAACGCCAGCGUGCUGUUCAAGGAAGUCGUCCCCCAGAUACCUGAGAUUAACAACGUCACAGACAUUCAGCCCUUUGUCGACUGCUUGGCAUUUGCUAAUUACACUCCUGAGGUGAUUGAGGGUCAGUGGCAGUGCGUUGGACCCUGCAAGACGUCACCUGACUACUGCAACGGACAUGGUCAAUGUCUCAAUGAUAUCCGCAAAGGGGCCGUGUGCAGGUGCUAUGAAUCGAACAUAAGGCAGUACUACGGCCAACGAUGCGAGCGCUACCGCCGGGGCCCGGGCUUCUACGGAGCUCUAUUCGGAUCACUGGCUGCGGUCGUGCUGCUCGUCGCGAUCGUCCUUCUCAUCGUCUUCCUGGUUAAAAAAGGCCGUUUUGGAACUUGGAAAGGGGCCGACUCCAGUGGAUUUAUAGAUUUCGAGGAAGACUACUUUGACUUCACAGACACAGGUCAUCGCAAUUUGGGAUUGGCGGGUGGUUGCACAGCUGAAAGUUUCAGGCCGCGUCUGGAAAAUGUUGAUACACAAAUGCAGGUGAGAACAAAACGUCCCGAGGUGUUGAACGUCAGCUUUGGAUGA